CUGAUGGGCAGCCUGGAGGAAGUCCACAUGCCUCAGAAUGGCAUUAACCACGCCGGAGUGAUGGCGUUAGCUUCAGCCAUGAGACACAACCCGGAUCUGCGCGUCCUCAACCUGAACGACAACACCUUCACCAAGAGGGGAACCAUCGCCAUGGCCCAGGCUCUGAGGCACCUGAGGAACGUUCAGGUGAUAAACUUUGGAGACUGUCUGGUCCGCUCUGAAGGAGCCAUCGCCCUCGCUGCCGUCCUCCGAGAGGGACUGCCCGUCCUCAAGGAGAUCAAUCUGUCGUUCGGUGAGAUCACGGAAGCAGCUGCUCUGGUUGUGGCUCAGGCCGUCAGAGACAAACCUGAUAUGGAGAAAGUGGAUCUGAACGGUAACUGUCUGGGAGAGGAGGGCUGUGACGCUCUGAGGGAAGCUAUGGAGAAAGGAGACAUGCUGGGGUCACUCAGUGAUGAUGAAGGAGAGCCUGAGGACGAAGAUGAUGAUCAAGACGACCAUGAAAACGAGGAGGAGGAGAAUGAUGAUGAUGAUGAUGAUGAUGCCAGUGACGACUGCAAUGAGGACGGAGAAAUCCUGAAGGAAAACGGAACAACGAAAAAAGACGAUAGUCCAGAAAAACCUCAGAGCUCAGCAGAGAUCAUGUCCUUCCUCAGCUGCCCCUCUGCAGAGAAGCUGCUUCAGCUCGGAGAGACGAGGACAAGCGUCCAGCAACAGGUGCAUGCGUCGGACCCUCACACGGCGGCUGAAAUCCUCCUGAAAAUCUCUUCUCUGUACAGUGAGGAACCAGAGACAAGGACAGCCGUGCUUGAAACUAUUGACGCUGUGCUGAAGAAGCUCCUCUCUGGAUCAGACCUCUCGUCUUACUGCUUCCUCUCCACGCUGCUCGUCAUGAUGGGACUCCUCAAGGGCGAGGGGAAGGUGAAGAAGGUGCCGCUGGUCCCAGGUCAGCUGUUGUGUUUGGAGCACGCUGUGCAGCAGGAGUAUUUCCCGCAGCACGUGGCCUCGCUGCUCCACACCUUCACCUCCAGAAACAGUGAAGCUCUGGAGUCCUGCAGCAGCGCCAGUGAGAGGCUGAGCAGCACUCUGGAGAAAAAGUGCCACUGAUGAACACACACACACACACACACACACGCCUUAAUGUCUUCGCCAACAGGUUUACACUUGAACAAGGGACACGUACGACCACUUACUGUUUCUCCACUUCUUAUUUGUAUAUUUUAUGAACACUGUCCAGAAUGUCUUAGUUUUUAUUUUUCUACUUAAUACUUGUGUCUUAUUUUUUACAGUAAUAAUAAAAACAUAUUCUAAAAUACACACCAGGUGACCUUUGGGUGAAUGUGUAAAGAAUGUAACCUGGAGCGGAGCUAACAUUAGACCAACAUCUUGCCGUGCAUUUAGUUUCAAACUCUUUCAAAUUCACUGUGAAAAGAAACCAACAAUGUGUCUUUGUGCGACAGGGAGAGCUGCAUCUGCCAAAUAGUUUUCUCGAUUGGGUUUUUACGGAGCCCGACAGGUGCACAUGCGAUAUGAAAAAAACACAAAUGUGCCAAAACACUUUAAAACAUUAACCAACUUGACCAAACACAAAGCGCUUUUGCAAGUGUAAGAAAAUUGGGAACAAAACAAAUAUUUAGUUUAAUAUGAGAUAACACAGAAAGCGAGAAACAUUCCAUCACCUAAAUGAUUCCUUUAAAAAAGACUUUGAGUUUAUUUGACUCUCUAUCGUUCCAGCUCUAUAGACAUAGCUACAGAGAAACAUUAAAGUUAUUUCCAGGUGUCGAUGCAUUUGGGAUUCGUUCAGCACAUUUUGAGGGGAAUUGCAGAUAUUCAGCAUCCUGAUACUGCCACAAAGUUUGCUGUAUUUGAAUAUGUAUAUCUUCUCAUAUGCUGCUAUUUGUUGCUGUGAAAACGUAGAGGGAGACGGAAAUUAAAAGGGCAAUUAUACCGAGUGUAAAACGUACAAUCACAAUUAAGAGCUGCCUUAAUUUUGCUGUGUUUUACUGAUGAGAUGCAAUCAUUACAUAAGGUCCAGUGACAUCAGUGUGUAUCAGACUGUGAGCAGGAAUGAGCUACACACACACACACACACACACACACACACACACACACACACACGAGCCUUAACACACAGCUGCAUGUGUGUAUACCCUGCACUGAUCCCAGUCAUAACACUGCACAGCUCAGGGGACCACGAUCACUUUUACCUCUUCUUGUUUUUUGUAUCCGUAAAUAUAAUUCAAAAUGUUCUCUUAUGUGACUUUGUGUUGCACCAAUUCAGUUGCUUUGUGUUCCCUCAGAUAUUGGUGUAAGGGAACAUUUAAAGGUAAUGGGGAUUAGGACUUUAAAUACUCUUCUGAUUAACAUUAGACCAUGUGGACUGCUUUUUGGUUGGACAGGAUAAUGCUUGAUGUGUUUUAACUGUCAGAAAUAUAACUAAUCCAACAAGCCUGA